AUGGCCGACUUGCCCCGAGUGAUGGCGCUGCCGCCGCCGCGCUUCGGUCCCGCCGAGAUCAGUGUGCUGCGCAAGUUGCAGGGCGUUUUCAAGAUCGUCCCGCUACAACACUUGGUGAGCAAGUACUCGACAGAUCCCAAUGCGCCGACAAGUGCGCCGCCGCCGGCCGUCGCGGCUGGGCUCCAAAGCGCCGAGCUCUCGGCCGAAGAUGAAGCGGCGAUGUUUCGCAUCUUCGGCGUGGACUACGCACGAGCCAAGCAAAACGUGGUCGACAUUCGCAAAGCCAUCAAAGCUCUCGACAAUCAAACGCAGGCCGAGACGCAAGCCAAGAUCUGCGGCGAGGCGACGGCAGCGCGCGCUCCGGAGGCCGCCACGCCACGACGCGGCGCCUCGGAGAAGCCAGCUGCGGCGCAGCGCAGCCUCGAUGCCACGAAGACGGGAUGCUCGCCCCCGGUCAAGAUCAAGUCGCGUUCGUCUCGUCAAGCGGCCGCGAGCGCGACGGAGCAGCAAGAACGCGACGUCAAGCUGGCUGCUUCGAUGAAGGACGCAUUUCGGGACGUCAUGACCGAAUUCGGCAUCAACGCCCAAAUCAUCGCCCAGCUCCAGAGCUUGCAAGCGGCGCAGAAGGGCACGGACGAGAAGGUUGCGCGGUAUGCCGCACGCAUGGAUGGCCAUCACAAGGAGAUCCAAGCCAGCCUCCAAGGCCUGAAAGAGUUGACGCUCAAGAAUGGCCAGGGCAUCGAAGGCCUCAUGGAGCAAGAGCUGCGCCAGCAUUUUGCUACGUCGACGACGGUGCUAGCGGCGCAAGACGCCAUCGUUCCCCGGGCGAUCGUCCUCACGGACAAGAUUUUGUCUCCGGGCUCCAAGAAGCCGGCGCCGCUGCCGGAAGGCUACAAGGGCCCUUUCUACGCCUAUUUUAUCGACGAGUUGACGAAUCGCCCGGCGUUGGAUGGCGAGCCGAUCAAGAUCGAAGCAGAGUCGCUCACGCGCGACAUCAUUCGCGGUGCGAUCGCGUUCGCCGAGCGCGGGCUCGAGUGGGGCGGCGCAGCGAACAACGCGCUGCUCAUGACCUCGUUCGUGUCGCCCGACGCCGCUGCUGUCGUUGAGGCCGCGCUCGAGACGACCAAGUUUGCCGUUGAUCAGUUCAAGUCCGUCGUGUCGGGGCCCACGCGGGAAGACGCCGAGUCGGGCAGUGCCGCCUUCCGCGACUACGUCCUCCAGGUGGACCCGAAGAAGGUGUUUGGCGGCUUGAAGCGCCACGCUCUCGUCGAAGGCCCCGUCGUGUGGUGCCUCGACACGUCGAUGGAAGCGUACCGCAAGAUGCUUCACGCCAAGCUCAAGAACCGCGAGGUCCUCUUUGGCAACAACGACGACAUGGUUAUCGACGUUGCCAGCGACGACGACGACGACAACGACAACAACGACAACAACGACGACAAAGACGACGCCGCCGAUGUCUCGAUGGACGACGGCAACAAUGUCGAUGUCUCGAUGGACGCCGGCAACAUCGCCGAUGUCUCGAUGGACGACGACGGCAACAAUGUCGACGUUUCGAUCGACAAGGGGUACCUUGGCGACGAGGACUCCAACAACAGCAUCGACGCGUGAAGUCGACAAGACGACGACGACCAUCAAGAUGUGUCAUCGUAUGAUUGCAUCGUUUAUCGAAUUUAUCUUUAUCUAAUCGAAUCUUAUCUAUUAUCUAA